AUGCAGAGUAAUCCGUUCAGUCCGGCCGGGAGGAGAAAGCCUUCACGGUUUGGCCAAGCAGUGAUCUGUCGAGUGUGUGGACACUUUGGACAUUCUCGAACGACCAAGUUCAUGCGGAAACAGCGAGCUUUUCCGUCCCCGAACAGGUUGGCCCAGCCAAACGUGCAUGGUCAAGCCGAUCAAAAAGUCGCGAAAUCAGCAAAUGUGGCAUUUUUACACAAACUGGAGGCCAUACCAUCCACUCGGCACAGCCUGCUCGUGGCUUUCAACUCUAAAUUGAAGCGUAUGGCUUAA